AUGCAAGCUAUGAACUCAUUUCAAAGCACCGGCGAAAAUGGUGCUUCGUCCGGCGAACACAUGAGUCAUUCCCAUUUCGAUCCGUCGUCGUCUCACGACGACUUCCUCCAACAGAUUCUUUCUUCCGUUCCUUCUUCUUCUCCCUGGCCUGAAAUCUCCGGCGACGGUCACCCGUACAAUUUCGACGACCAUCAGUCAACUCUUCUGGUUUCCAAACUCCGGCAGCAUCAGAUCAACGGCGGUAGCUCUGCUGCUGCAGCUGCUAAAGCGUUGAUGCUUCAGCAGCAGCUUUUGCUUUCUAGAGGAAUUGCCGGAAAUGGCGGCUCUGGGAUGAACGGCGAUCAAAACGACGACGGUUUGAAUUCGGGGAAUGAUAUUUCAGUUCAAGCUCUUUACAAUGGAUUCGCUGGAUCUCUUGGUCAAACCUCUAAUCAAUCUCAGCAUUUUCACCAUUCUCAGAGUUUCGGAGCUCCGGCGGCGUCGUUAACGAUGAAUCAAACGCCGGCGGCGAGUGGUUCAGCUGGUGGAGCGCAGCCAAAGCAACAGAAAGUUAGGGCUCGUAGAGGACAAGCAACUGAUCCUCACAGCAUUGCUGAAAGAUUACGGAGAGAGAGAAUUGCAGAGAGAAUGAAGUCUUUGCAGGAGCUGGUACCUAAUGCAAAUAAGACAGACAAGGCUUCAAUGUUAGAUGAGAUCAUCGAUUAUGUCAGGUUCCUCCAGCUCCAAGUCAAAGUUCUGAGUAUGAGCAGAUUGGGUGGUGCUGCAGCUGUUGCUCCCCUAGUUGCUGAUAGAUCCUCUGAGGGAGGAGGUGAUUGUGCACAAGGAAAUGGAGGUCGAGGUGGCAGUAAUGGAACGACGUCGUCUGCAAACAACGACAGCAGCAUGACGAUGACGGAGCACCAGGUAGCUAAGCUAAUGGAAGAAGAUAUGGGAUCAGCCAUGCAGUAUCUUCAAGGAAAAGGCUUAUGCCUUAUGCCAAUUUCCUUAGCCACAGCUAUUUCCACCUCCACGUGUCACUCCAUGAAACCCAACAACCCACUACUACUCGCCGGAGGCUCCGCCAUUAACGGCGUUGGUGAGACCGGCGGUGGACCGUCUUCUCCUACCUUGUCGGCUUCCACUGUUCAGUCAGCUACGAUGGGCAAUGGCGGGACUUGAGUUAGUCCUUCUAACCCAAUGUGACUCACUGUUUUUAUUUAGAAGCAAUUUGAUUUUAUAUUUCUUAUUUCAUACUUCUAUGGAAUUAUUUAUAGUCAUAUUAAUAUUGAUGACUUGUUUUUUUAAAAUAUAACCUUCAAAAGUUUUUUUA